GGGUUUGGUCACUCUCUCUAAUGGAGGCACUGCUUCAGGGUUCAUCUCUUGCUCCUUAUCUCCUACCCAAGCUUCCAAAAACAACGAUGAUAAUAGGCAACUACGUUAGAUUCAAUCUUAAUCAUAACCCAUGCUUCAUAUUCGCAAAUGGGUACCCUUCUUCUUCUUCACGGUCAUUUUCUGUUCUGAAUAAGCCCAGAAAAUCAAUAUCAGUGAUUGUUAAUGCCCGCAAGAAAGACAAGAAAGAAGAUAGCCACAGCUUUGUACCCAAACCAGAGGAGGUUACGGGCUUCUUCCCCGAAGCUGUGCUCCUUAAAAAGAAGACAGUUGAGGAAGAUGGUAAGCUUCUCCCGGAGUUUGAAGAUGCUGAAGAAAGAGAACUCUAUGAAUCGCUGAUGCUUGACCUGGAAAGUGAUAUGGACGUCGAACUAAUGCGCCACUACGAGGUUGUUUACUUAAUUCAUGAGAAGCAUGAAGAAGAGGUUGCAGCUGUCAAUCAGAAAGUUCAAGACUUUUUGAGGGAGAAGAAAGGCAGGGUGUGGCGACUGAAUGAUUGGGGCAUGAGAAAGCUAGCUUACAAAAUAAAGAAAGCUAAUAAUGCCCACUACAUUUUGAUGAACUUCGAGUUGGAUGCCAAAUAUAUCAACGAGUUCAAGACUCUGUUGGACAAAGAUGAAAGAGUCAUUCGGCAUCUCUUGAUAAAGAGGGAUGAGGCAAUCACUGAAGAUUGCCCUCCUCCUCCGGAGUUUCAUACUCUGCGCGCAAAUGCGGAUGAUUAUGAUGAUGAUGAUGAAGAAGAAGAAUUUGAUGAAGAUUAUGAUGAUGAGUUGGAUGGUGAAGAUGAGAUGGAUGGCUAUGAUGAUGAUGGAGGGGAUGAAAUUAUUGUUAUAGAUGGCGAUGGCAAUAAUAUAGAUUCUAGAAAUGAGACAUUAACAAAUGUUAGAAAGCCAGAAAUAAGAAAAUUGAGGGAUGAGAACGUAGUUAGGUAGAUAAUAUUGGAUAUGUUCUUGUUUUUUGUGUUCUUAAAACUGUUUUGUAGAAUAGUUAAUGGAA